AGUGCUCCAUUCGCCAUCCAGUCAUCAAGAUCAUCGCAUGCAAAGCGGUUGCUAACGGGCAGCAGCAGUUUCUCUUCGCUCAUUGUGCUUGUGUUCGAGUGUGUGCCAUCGUUCCUUAUCCCCCGGGUAAUCGUUUUGCAAAUCUCCGCAUCUAAAGCGGAAACUGGAAAAUGGUGUCUCAACGCACGCUGGUGGUUGGUAUCGCAGCUUUUGCCAUGCUGUCGAUUGUUUCCGCUGAUGUAUCUCAUAUUGUUGGCCAGGAAAAUCCCGUCACGGACGCGUGCCUUUCGUGUAUCUGCGAGGCGUCGAGCGGUUGCGAUGCAUCGGUGCGCUGCAGUGGCGACGUGUGCGGUAUGUUCCGCAUCACCUGGGCCUACUGGGCCGAUGCGGGGAAACCCGUCCAGUCCGGGGAUUCUCCCGACUCACAGAACGCAUACGCAAAUUGUGCCAACGAACCGUACUGUGCCGCCCGGACCGUGCAGGGAUACAUGAGGAAGUUCGGACAGGACUGCAAUGGUGAUGGUGUUAUCGAUUGCUUCGAUCAUGCGAUCAUUCACAAGCUGGGUGGUUACAACUGCAAGAACCAGGUGCCGAUCGUCUACCAGUCCAAGAUUGACGAGUGCAUCCAGCGGAAGGCCGUCGAGUACGGUGCCAAUCAGCCGCAGCAGUAGAAGCUGCCAGAAAUCGAUGGCAAUCAUUUCUAUUUAAUUUAUAUUAAUUUUAGUACAUCACAGCAUUGUGUCUCUCUCUCUCUGUCUGUCUUUAAAUUUGUCUCUCUGUUUGUCAGUCUGAGUCGUCUUUUUGGAGUACAAUAAAACGAUCGACAUGAUCACUCGCGGCUACUUA